AUGCGUCAGCUGCGAGAAUAUCCAUUGCAUCCCCGAGAAAGAACACUCCAUCCGCCAACAUCCGGCUCCACGGCAAGGCGAUGGGAACGACGGCGGGCAGGUGUUGAGGAGGGCAAGGCGUACAUUCCUGAAGGAUUUCUGCUAGCCGGCCGACUGCCAACCUCUUGUGGACGAGUUGCAGCAAAAACCAGCACCAUUGUUGAUCUACGACGCCCUCCUAGGUUGGCAUCAGCACUUUUGUGCGCCGGCUCAAAGGAACGUCCACUUUUUUGUGCACUUUUGGGCCAGCAUGUGAAAGAAUGGAAUGAUGGCCCAUUGAUGAUGCGUAAUUGGGGUUUAACCGUCGGGCUUCUGGCGCUGGUCUUCGCUUGCUCGGUCGAAAGUUACCAACAAGACUGGUUGGCUGGAGCCCCGGUCGUUUUGAGGAGUAAACGACAACAGUGCAGAUGCGUACGCCUUGAUUAUGCCAAUAACGUGCAGUGCAGCUGCCCGCAAGCUACGGCAACAGCAGCACCAGAUGCGACCAGCCAAAAAGAUGAGCUCGCCACCGAGCUGUCGCAAUCAUACCCAGCAGCAAACGGACAAUUCUCUCCUCUAUCGUGUGCCUGCAUACAAAUCGUCUUUGCCGGCACGCCACAGUAUCAAUGCCAUUGUGGGGAGAGCGGUACUGUCACGGUUCCGGCCACAACGACGCCAGCCACAACCACAACACCCACCACCACAUCCACCACUACGACCACUACCACAACCACUACUACCACCACCACCACCACAACUACGACUACCACCACGACGACGACAACAACUACGACAACGACCACGACAAUGACAACCACUACCACGACGACCGAGCUCACGCCACCCCCAGAGACAACGACUAUCAACACCACACCGGCUUAUAUCACGACCGAAACCCCCGGAAAUGGUCAAUGUCACUGCAUCAUGAUUACCAUCACUGGUCCGGCCUCCGCACAAUAUCAGUGCAGCUGCUUGUCAACCCCAGCAACCCCUGCUGCUGAACCGCCGAUGACUACACAAGCUGCAAUCACUUACCCGCCGCAGACGGCCAUCCCGGAUACCUUACCACCGGCCACGCAACCCAGCACGGCGCUCCCUACUGUUAUUCCAACAUUCAGCACAGAGACCUUGCCGCCUCUAACCUCGACCAUACAGACCACGCAUCCAACUACUACUGCUGCCCCGACCCCUGCUCAAGAUGUAAUCACUACGGCGCCCACAUAUCCUCUCACGACAACUUGUGUUAUGUAUCUGACUGGCGUUCAGUCAUCCCCGUGCACAUGUAUGCCAGAAUACGACCCAUGUGCACCGAAUAUCUGCUGUCUCAAGGCCAAAUUCAGGUCGCUGAAGCACAGCAAAUUGGCCGCCUCGCUGCCAAUCCAUCCCCAACAGCCUUCACAAGAAGACCAGUCAUCCACCAUCGACGUGUUGAUGAACGUGCUGCAAAAGAUCAAAACUAAAUGGCAGAGCAGC